AUGGAGUCGGAGCCCUCUCUCACAUCUCUCGCCGCUCUCACCUCCCCCUCGCCGCCGCCCUCGUCUUCCUCCUUGCCUCCUCCCUCUGCUUUGCCGGCUCAGCCGCCUGUCAUCAAUUAUGUGAUCGGCUUUCUGCUCGUUGGCCUCGCCUGGGGCUUCACCACGCCUUUUCUGCGCCGCGCUGCUCGAGACCACCACCCGGCACCCCACCCGCUACUGCAGCGCGAGUCCAUCCGCAGCAGCGCUGUGCGUCGUCGCCUGUACGGCGCCUUCUUUUCCGUCAUCGACUUGCUACGAAACCCGCGCUAUGCCGUACCUCUGCUCAUCAACCUGACCGGCAGCGUGUGGUUCUUCCUGCUCAUUGGCCAGGCCGAGCUGAGCUUGACCGUGCCCAUCGUGAACACCUUGGCCUUUCUCUUCACGGUGAUCGGUGAGUGGUGGGUUGAGAGCAAAGUGAUCAGUCGAGACACUGGCAUCGGCAUGGCCCUCUCACUGGCUGGGAUAGGCCUAUGCGUGUACAGCAAAACGUCAUGA